UCUGCUGGCACUCUCCUUGAUGAUGCCGAGAUUUUCACGGAGCCUUUUGGCAGGUGCCUUUCCUCACGGGCCAGUCGGACCCUAGUGCUGUCUCUUCGAUCGCGGACGGGCAGGUAAAAAUAGCGAGCUGCUGCUCGUGUUCCCGGCCCGCCUGGCAGUGCCUGAUUUGCGACCCGAAGCCGGGAUGGGUAGGCUGCUGUUUGAAUUAUUCGAAUCGCUGGGAAGUAGUUCCGAUAGGCCGCUGCGAUGUUCAUUUCGCAGCGAGCCGCCCAUUUUGUCGCAAGGGAGCACGCGAUCUCGUCGGAGGAUCGAUCUCGGGCAGCGGAAGUCAAAAUUCUCAAGCCGCUGCCUUGCUUGAACGUUCCGUGAGUUUCGAUUAGGCUGCAAACGCGUUUCAAAUGUUUGACCGUGUUAAGAUUUUUGAGACGGGCAGCAUGCAGCACCGAGCUCAGAGAUUCCCGGAGCCAGCGAUUCGGGCAGCAGUUCCUGAGACCUGGCUCCUCCCAUUCCGUCCCCCCUGCUGCUCCUUCCCACAACCCACAUCCUCUCUCCUCUCCCUCGUGCUUCCUCUGAUCGCCUCACCUACAAAUCCAGAGUCCCACCCAGACAUUCUCAGUGCCUCUUCAGUUUCCUCCAGUUUCCUUCAGUUUCCAGCGAGCUUGAUUGCAUUCAGUUCCUUCAGUUCUCAGCAAGCUCGAUCAUACACGGCUCAUUUCUGCUCGCCGGUUCUUGAUUACAGCUGAUACUCCUCUUUCAAGGCGUUUAGCUUCUCGGUUACUUCCUAGCUCGACCUCCACCAGUUUCCAGUUUCCAGGCGGUUCCAUGGCUUCUUGUUUUGAUGGUGGCCGCUACCCGACUUUCGCUGAAGCACUCGCCUUUUGGAUAGCUUUGCUGGCCUCGUCCUCAGCUGUGGCGGACUGCCCGACUUUCGCUGAAGCACGCCGCUUCUGGCGAAAUCGGAUCGCAUGGCUGCAGCGUCGGGCUCUGCUGCAGUCUUUACGACGACCUAGUAAGCUGGCGUCGUCCUCGCCUGUGAGGGACGGCCCGGCUUUCGUUGAAGCGUUGGGCUAUUGGCGAAGUCGGAUUGCAUGGCUGCAGUCUGGGUGUCAAGCUCCGCGGCCCACAGCUCCGUGGCUGGCUGCAGAGGAGGAAUCGCUGACCGAGGGGGCUGCAGAUGAGCAAAGGUCACGGAUUGAGGAGGUGACAGAUGCGGAGAGAUCACGGAUUGCGGAGGCUGCAGAGGACUUCCCUGAGAAGGUUGCGCCGAUUGAAUUCGAUCAGAGCAGUGACUGCAGCAGCGACGCCAGCAUGACCAGCACGGCUGACAGCAGCACCUUCAACAGCGACUACAGUGGUGACAGAUGCAGUGACAACAGUGACUACAGUGACUACAGUGGUUCAUUGAGUUCGUCCGCUGUGACAGAUGCAGCAGGAAUUGCUGCUGCGCUUGCUGCUGUUGCUGACGCAGCCGCCGCUGCUGCUGCUGCUGUUGCUGCUUCUACCGCUGCUGCUGCUGCUGCUGCUUCUGCUGCUGCUUCUACCGCUGCUGCUGCUGCUGCUUCCGGUGCUGCUGUUACAGAGGUAGCCAUGCCUGCUGCUGCUGUUACAGAGGUAGCAGCUGUGAAGGCUACUGCUGAUGCAGAGAAGAAGUCCGAUCACAAAUCUAAUGCUUCUGUGACUUGGAAGGAAGGCACCGUAAGCACGAGGCAGCGGGGGAGAGCUGGUGGUGUGGAAUGUGGAGCAAGGAAAGGCUCUGCUAGGGUGACAAGGGUGGCAGCAGUGAGGCAUCCACUGAGGCCUUGAAGGCUGCUAGCUAGGUGGAUAUUGGUUAGGUUAUUGUAGAUGCAAUGGUGAUGUGGCAUUGCCUGGUUGGCCUUGUACAUUAUUCCUGGUUUAGCUAUAGUGUGAAUUCCUGUAUUGGUAGCCAUGUUUUCCUUCACAUACAAGCA